AUGAAAUCUGGAACAUAUGUAGAUAUUUGUCGUGCGUCCAGUAUACCAGUAUUCCAACAUAAACUUAAAGAAUUGUCGGCCAAGGCUUUGCUAUGGAAACAGAUAUUGUCCAGAGGUAAAAACGACUCUGCCCAUUCGCGUCAAGUACCCAGUGCUACAAAUUUGAAUUCGAAGAAAAAAUCACCAUCUUUAGAAGAUUUCAUUAUCAAACGUGACUAUACUGGAGCUCGAGCGUUUUUAGAGUUUUCACGUGACUCAGGGGAGGAUGAUAAGGUUAUAACUAUUGACCAAUGGAUUGCAUUUUGUUAUUUUCAUUUAGGAGAUUAUCAGAGGGCAUUGGAGUUGUAUAGACAUAUUUACAAUGUUGAGCCAGCUACAGAUGACAUUAAUUUAAACACAGCUGUCUGCAUGUUCUACCUUGGCAUGUAUGACGAUGCACAAAAGCUGGUAGAACAAAUACCAAACACUCCUUUGAAAUUACGUUUAAUGUUUCACUUGGCUCACAAAUUCAACAAUGAAGACCAAGUCAUGGAAUUGCACGAUUCCUUACAGGACAAUGACCAAGACCAAUUAAGUGUGGCUUCGUUGCAUUACCUAAGGGCACACUAUCAAGAGGCAAUUGAUAUUUAUAAAAGACUAUUGCUGGAUAAUAAAGAUUAUGCAGCCGUCAAUGUCUAUUUGGCACUUUGUUUUUACAAACUCGACUACUAUGACAUGUCACAAGAAGUUUUGGAGGUGUAUCUCAACAAAUACCCAGAUAGUACUAUUGCUAUUAAUCUAAAAGCAUGCAAUAGAUUCCGUCUCUUCAAUGGGCGCGUGGCAGAGCAGGAAAUUAAAAAUAUCGUCGACAAUGGAACCUUCGGUGUGGAUCUCAUUAAACACAACUUGGUGGUGUUUCGCAAUGGCGAGGGUGCAUUGCAGGUAUUUCCAGGCCUGUUGGAUAUUGUCCCAGAAGCCAGACUUAAUUUGGCAAUAUUUUAUUUAAAAAAUGGUGACGUACAAGAAGCUCAUUCCCUGAUGAAGGAAAUACAGCCCAGUGUGCCGCAUGAGUACAUUUUAAAAGGAGUGGUACAUGCAGCAUUGGGACAGCAAUUGGGUUCGAAGGAGCACAUCAAAACAGCUCAACAAAGCCUUCAUCUUGUGGGUAGUUCAGCCACUGAAUGUGAUACAAUACCCGGCAGACAGAGCAUGGCUUCCGCAUUCUUCUUGUAUGGCCAAUUCGAGGAAGUCCUGGUUUACAUGAAUUCAAUACGCAGCUAUUUUGUUAAUGAUGAUGUUUUCAACUAUAACCUUGCGCAGGCAAAAUGUGCCACUGGGUAUUACAAGGAAGCUGAAGAACUACUAAUGCAAAUAACAGACACCGAUAUUAAAAAUCAACAUACAUAUUGUAUGGUUUUGGCCAAAUGUCACAUUCAUUCCGGUCGACCAGAAUUGGCCUGGAAUACGUUUCUUGCGAGGGACACAAACUCGGAAUCGUUUAUAUUACUUCAACUGAUUGCCAAUGAAUGCUACAAGUGCGAGGAGUUUUGGGUUUCAGCAAAAGCAUUCGACAUGUUGGAAAAACUCGAUCCUAGUCCUGAAAAUUGGGAAGGAAAACGUGGAGCAUGUGCUGGGGUGUUGUAUAGUUUGGCUUAUAAGACUGAAAAGUCUGAAAAGGGACGACCCAACAAUGGUGUAACUGAUGUCAUUGGUCUGCUUAGAGAUUCUCAAAAUACCCAAGCGGAGUCCAUGAUAAAGGCCAUACGAAAGCAUAUGGCUUCUUUCAAAUAAUCAUCGAGAGAAUCAACAAAUUAAGCCCAAAUAUAAUAUUUAUUCAUGUGUACUUGCAUAAAUGAAUGCCUUAUUACACUACAUCUAUACAAACAUUAAAAAUCCUUUAAACAAAUCUUUGUGCAAAAUGCUCAUUUGAUUAUUUACAC